CUUUCCUCCUUUCGCUCCCUUUCCCUACUAAUCAAUCAUCACUUGGCGCUGGGAGGGAGGCUUAUUCGACAACAAAGGCUACGCUUAGGCCGCUCUCACGGCUACGCCCCUAUAGGUUGCCUAUAAAUACCCUGCAAAGCCCCACCCUUCAUUGCAAUUUCCUUCUGCAGCUUCUUCCUCUUCCUCUUCUUCUUGCUCACUGCAGCUGUCACCGCUUCUCAGCCCCACAUGCCCUCCCGCCACUCCUCCCUCGCUAUAGACUCGCCAGUGCGAAGUCCGCGACGCUCACAGUCGUCGAGAGGAGCCAAGGAUUCUCCUCGCGCUUCAACCUCCUCGUCAUCGAGGAUCAGGACUCCUACGAAGCAGCAUCGACGCGCUAUCUGCGAAUCAGAUCUCGACGAUAGCGAUGAUGAGGCACACUCGCCGCCACGUUCCAGCAAGAAAGACAAAGAAGCUGACAGGACGAAGAGCAAUGGAAAAGGCAAGGCUUCUCGCCGCGAUGAGGACGAGGACGACCCGGACGAGCUGAUCUCGGACACGAAUGACGAUGAGGACGACGAUGAGGAAGAAGAAGAGUACGAGAUAGAGUCCAUUCUGCGUCACAAGCUGGACAAGAAGACUGGGGCCUGGCAAUUCCUUGUUCACUGGGCUGGAUAUAGCAGUGAUUGGGAUACGUGGGAGCCGGAGGUACGUCUGCCCUACUGCGCGGACGGCGUGGCGCUACGCAGCUUGCUGACCCAUGAUCCUUUACAUCGUGCUCGCAGGACAACCUCAAAGCUACAGCAAAUGAGGUCCUCGAGGCUUACUGGGAGAAGGUGAGAGAGGUGGAGAAGAAGUCAAAGGCGAUCACUGCUGCGGCUGCUGCGAGGAAGAAGAGGGGAAGAGGAGUCGGUAGUGCGAGCCCGAAUGGGGAGGACAGCGAGGUGACUGGACAGAGCGAUAGUGCUGCAGAGCCGAGUAGUAGCAAGAAGAGCAAGACGAACGGGAGCGUGGCAAGUGGA